AUGUUAUUUUUUCGGAGUCGUAUAUACAACAGCUUACGCGGUUUAGCGAUACACUUUCACCCCGCCGGAGUCGUUCCGAGCGCAAUCGUUUCUAAGGCGAUCAAUGCCAGUACUGCCAGUCGCUAUAACUGUGUAGCAAGGCUAUCAACUGUUGCUCCGCCGACACCAAAAACGAGGAAAAUGGCAGACAAAUUAAAUCAGGGUGACCGUGAUACAGAACUAGCUUCUCUGUUGCAAGCAGGAUGGAAAAUCCAGGCAAAUCGAGAUGCUAUUGAAAAGGAAUUCCAAUUUAAAAACUUUAAUGAAGCUUUUGGUUUCAUGACAAGGGUUGCUUUAUUAGCAGAAAAAAUGGAUCACCACCCCGAAUGGUUCAAUGUAUACAACAAAGUUCAGAUAACCCUUUCUUCUCACGAUGUAAACGGCUUAAGUAAAAGAGAUAUUAAAAUGGCAAGAUUUAUGGAUAGUAUUUUUAAGUAA